CCUAGUUGCAUGUCGUAAGUUCGUACCAGCUGGUGUCACGCCAAAUACACCGCGGCAACUACGCGAAGUGAGUUGCAGAAGUAGGUCCGUGGUUUUUACUGUUCCAACGAUUGGAAGCUCAUUACCUUUAGUACGACUUGCACUUACUUACAAAAGCAGGCGUUUUCACUUUUGCCUAGUUCUAGUUGUAUGAAGAGCAAACACAAGCACAACCCACACUACAACAACCAAAUCGAAUCAAAAAGAUCAUGACUGUAGUGCGAGGAGCACCACACGAGGCGAUGAUGUCCCCUCAUGUGUAUACGUCGACCCAGGCUGUUUUGAAAACACAGCCUGCUCUGCAAGAGCAGCUAAACAUGGAUGGCAAGAAGAACAUCAUAACCGCACCCCCGGAAGUGGAUUGGAGUCGUCAGGAGACUCUUCCGCCGCUGGUCUUCCCUCCGUUCAACUACCGGACAGAGGAGAUUGUCGCGAACAAACCCGAUGCGGAACCGGAAGUCUCCCUCCCGGAGCAGUUCCUCCCUCCGUCUCGUAUCAUCCCCGAGUGCCGGAAGUUUUUGGAAAGUAGCUGUGCGAAGCUCUCCAUUCCGACAGAAGCUCUACAAAAGUUCGCGCAAUCCAUCGAUAUCCGGGAUUUGUGCGACGUGAGUUGCGCGAAAAGCAGCCCUGCUGGUGCGGAGAAGAUAAUUGUUGUGCCAGAACGGGACGAGGAUGUUGUCAUGCCGGACUACGAUAAAUUCGAAACCCGCUUGAACGACAUCGCGCGAAUCCUGGCCUACAAUGUCAUUAACUUUUCCUUUUUUCCCGACAACGGCAAGCCGCGCUGGUUUAUCAGCGAUGAGGGUGAAGACGACGAACGGGGCGAACAAAAGUUUUUCGGGAAGGACGACGAGGCGUUCGCCAUUGUCGAGGCCAUGAAGCGUCUCGAGAAGGAGGUCAGGGACUCGACUAUCUGGCGGAAUGGACAUUUUCUACAACAAAUCACAGUCCCUCACCUCGAAAAUGUGUUCCGCCCGGCAGCCAAUGCUGGUUCCCUCCCUCUCCUGCCCUGGAGAAUGCAGUGCUUGCGGUCGCUCGGGGACUGUUAUUCGAACAGGGUGUCUCUGGAGAAGCUUUUGGAGAUUUUGGGAGAGAAGCCGACCGUGGGAAAAUUUGUCUACCUUCUUUGCAAACACGUCCCUGCUUUCCGGGACCUGCGUCGGGACAACAUCGAGUUCGCGAAGCGGCCGCAGCUCGCGGCCUCGAUGUUGCACGCAGAUAAGUUGGUGGUGUUUUCUGACUUAAACCAAUCGUUGACGGUGUUUUCCGAUUACCGCUUGCCGCAGUUGUUCCUCACCGAAAAAGUGUUCGACUUUAAUAUUUCUAGCAAAACUAGCGUGGGAACCGGAACAACCGAAGACGGUACUAUGAGCGGCAGCUGCGAAGAACAAGUACAACUACCAAGCGAAAAGACCUCUACAACUUCUUCGCAAGUAAAGGUGACAAAACACAGCACGCCGUUAUUAAGCAUAAUCGAAAACUGCGAGUUCAUCCUAUCAAAUGCAAAAAUGUCUGGGUGUGGAAGAAUGCAAUUUGUGAUGCUGCAUUUGGAUUCCAAAAAAAUCUGUAUUGCAUGUCCAGCAAAGGGGAUGCGAUUUGUGCUACGCGGAAAGGGCAUUUGUCAUGCGGAAUAGGCAUCAAGAUGCCCUCAAAACAUCUGCCAUGCUAGGACAUGCAUCACAGACAUCAUGGCUCAUGCAAAACGUGCAUCACAAGUCUCAGAAUCUUCCAGACCCAGACAUAUUUGCACUUGAUACAUCCCAGAAAACUCCGAUUUCGAGGUCUCCCUUCGAGCGGGCACAAUCGUAUCAAAUGUAAAAAUGUCUGGGUCUGGAAGAUUGCAACUUGUCAUGCUGUUUUUGGAAUCUAAAAAAAUUUGUAUUGCAUGACCAGCGAGAGGGGUGCAAUUUGUGCUACACGGAUAGGGCAUUUCUCAUGCGGUAGAGGUAUCGCAAAGCCCUCUAGAAAUUUGUGAUGCUACGGCAUGUGUUACAGACAUCAUGACUCAUGGAAAAUAUGCAUGACAAAUCUAGAAAUCUUCCAGACCCAGACACUUUUUGCAUUUGAUAAAUCGUCGCCUGUGCGGAUCUGCUGGAGCUGCUGCGGAAAAUGCACGAGAUAUCGCAAGAAAAAUUUGUUUCACUGUGAACUUGUGAUGCAUAGAAUGGAGCACAGAGCGAUUUGUCUUGCUACACCUGCAAGACAUUGGAUUUUUAAGCAUGUUUUCGCUUGGGAAGCGCGCAUGGCAAAUUUUGUGUGUCAUGCGUAACAAACUUGUGAUGCAGAUCUUGCAAAAUCAUCAAAGUGAAGCAGUUUUUUCUCACGAUACGAGAAGGAAGAUUUCGAGAACGGAUUGAACAUGGCGAACCUCGACUACUACCUCUGGCGAAAAGCCGUGCAGCUGGAUGGGGAAGGGAAAUUACUCCCCUUUCACAGAACAAGGACUUACUGCUACUGAUAAACAUUUUCACGGCUUCUUCCAUAAUAUCAUGAACCCGCAUCGCGAAUUCAGGAGAGAAGCUGGAGAUAUUGUUUUUAUUCUGUGGCAGAAGAAGGCCAGCACGCAAAACAUGUCGGGAAAGAGCGACUCAUACAUAGAACUGCUCCUCAGUGCUUCUACUGAUAGUUUUUGCUUAAAGUUUUAUUUUU